UGUUCUUAAUCUAUGCGGUUCUUGCUCUUUUGAGUUUUCUUUUUCUAUGAACAUUGGAUACAGAAACAACAACAGAAAAAAGGAAAACUCAUCGGGAAAACGAAUUCUAUACCGAUAUUGUGUACAACAACAUAGAAAUAAAACGAUUUUCAAUAAAUGUUAACUAAAAGGAUUAGUCUACUAAAGACAAUUGAGUGAAAAUUAAAGAUGUUCGACAUUUUGAAAAUGCAUAAUACGAUAUGGACUUGUGUUGUGAUUUUAAGCAAUUUAUUAUUGUUGGCUAACUGUGAUAUUGAGUACAAUACCAUUAAUGAGGAUGGUUCAUAUCAAUUUCGUCACACCAACGAUGACAUUGGAGGCUACUACCAUACGGCCAGUGGUACUCCAGACAACGUUGUCCGAGGUCGUUAUGGUUCGCGUAAUCCAGCCACUGGGCAAGUGGAGGAGACCGUUUAUACCGCGGGACCACGUGGAUUUCGAGUGAAUGGGCCACAGAUACAUCGCAAAAUGGGUUUGGCACAAUAUCCUCCCGGUCCUAUUGGUUCUCCAGAUGAUCCUUUAGCCGAUCCAUUUGAUGAUCCCUCGUACAGCUUCAGUUUUCGAACACCGGAUCAAUCGCGCUCUGAAGACAAUGAUGCCACGGGACGAGUGAGAGGACUCUAUUCAUUUCUUGAUGAUGAGGGAGAACGUCACAGUGUCCGUUAUGCUGCUGGUGCGGGAACAGGUUUUGAGGUGUCCAAUGCUGUGCCAGACAAUCCAGCCAGUGUUGGUUACACAAGUCCUUUGUACAAGGCACCACCCGGAACGAGAGGGAAAAUGUCCGUACAAAGGGGUCCUGAUGGAACAUAUAAGUUAAUUGCUGCCGGCCCAGAUCAUAGACGUGCCGAAAGUAGGACACCAGAUGGAGUGGUUAGAGGCACCUAUUCCUUUCUCGAUGACAAGGGUAUUCAAAGAACUGUGGAAUAUAUUGCCGGAGCGGGAAUUGGUUAUAGGGUGGUGAAGAAUCGCAUUGGACCCACCUCACAUAUCAAUCCUUCUGUAUCAGAUUUUCGUCUAAGCGACACAAGUUUCAGGUUGGCCAAUGAUUUUGGUACUGGGGCUGGGGGAGGUGGUGGAGGAGGAGGCGGCAGUGGUGGUAGUUCGGGAUCUGGUGGUGGUCGUGUAAGAGGUGGAAAUAACCGUGUCAGGGGCGGAGGAGGAGGCGGAGGUGGAGAUGACGAUAGUGAAAUGGAAUAUGUCUCGUCGGAUAGCCGCCCAAUUACAACCUCUUCCUCGGAUGCGGAUAAUGACGACAAUGAAAUAAGCCUUGGAGAUGAUGGCGAUUUUGAUGAGGAUAGUGUUAAAAAUGAUCGCUCAAAUCCGAAAACCAAAACAGAUCGUAUGGGUACCAUCAAUCGUGGUAGGGGAGGCACAAGAAAUCGUGGAAACACAAAUAUACGUGAAGAUGAUCUACUCGAUCGAGAGCCAAUGUCAGAACGAGAUUCCCCUAAAAUUCCCUCGAGACCGGGAAAUAGAGGUCCCGGCAAUCGUAAUAGUCUGAACAAUGAGGCAAGAGAAAGUAAUCGCCGAAAUCGCCCUCCCUCCAGAAAUGGUGGAGGUGCUAGUGGUGGAAGAGGUGGAGUGGGAGGAGGAGGAGGUGGAAGCAUUUCUUCGACAAGCAGCAACGGUUAUGAAUAUAAUCCUCCAUCCAAAGGAUCCUCCUCGCGCAAUAACUAUAACCCCAACGACGAUGAUAUUGGCACAGCCCUGCCACCUCUCAUCACUGCCAAUCGUAAAAUUUUGGAAAUCGAUAGAGAUCGUGAAUGGGUGGAGCAUCAUCGUGAUUCAACUGUCAUUAAAAAUGUUGGAAAAUGGUAUAUUGGCUUGCCACCGGGCCAGAGUGUUCGGGCCCAUGUUCAAAAUAUUGACAUAUUACCAUUGGGUGGUCGUCGGGUGCCCUCGCCAUCGGAAGCCUUGCGCCAGGAUGAAUUGGCCGAUAUGACAGCCUCGUAUGAGCAUUAUGACAGAUCUCCCUAUAGCAGUUAGUUUUUAAGACAUACAUACACACAUAAAUAUACUUAUUUAUGCCGUUAGGUUAAGCGAAGAUGGUGUGCGCAUCAAUGCUAGCUUUAGUUUUAUAAGUUGAGACAAUCACACAUACAUGCAUACAUUUAAGUGAACAAAUGUAAUUUUUUUUGGUAUUCUUUUCCCCCAAUUG